UCACGUGACCUCCUCUACGUCACGUUCGGCACCUGCUGUCAUAUCGGAGGAAAGAUGGCGUCGUCGGGGACAGCGAGUUUCUUCCUCCAGCGGAUCCCCGGGUUCAUGGCCGUGUUUCUGGCCGUGUUCAGUGUUCUGAUCACGGUGCAGUGCGAUGAGCAGGUCCCGGUCAUCAUGUGGACGAGUGAAGGGGUCUCCGUCCCUCAGCAGGCUCCACCCACUGCAGGUCACAUUGUUGGGCACCAGCAGCUGGCCUCCUACCUGGAGAAGGCCCUCAACGUCGGGCCCCGAAACCUGGUGCUGUUCCUUCAGGAUAAGAUGAGUAUUGAAGAUUUUACCAUGUAUGGAGGAGCCUUUGGAAACAAGCAAGAUGGUGUUUUUCCUAAUCUUGAGGGAGCGCUUCAGGCCUCUUCUUCUUCUCUGGUUCUUCCUGCUGUGUCUUGGCCCGCCUCCAACGCUGUGAUUGGUCAGCUGCAGGACCAAUUGGAAACGUCCCCUCUGUACAUGGACCCGGAGACGCUGAGCCAGCUGAGACUGAACGCCUCGUCUCCGGCUCUGCUGGUGUUCAGGCUGCCGUACGGGACCGGGUCCGAUCUGCUGUCUGCUAAAGAGAUUCUCAGUGGAAACGAUGAGGUCAUGGGUCAGGUGAUGAGCAUCAUGAAGUCCCAGUCCAUCCCCUUCACGGCCGUUUAUACCGGCCUGCAGCCCUCCAGGAAGGAAGCGGCGUCCAUGUCUCUGGAGGCGGGGCUUGGUGGAGGACGCUCCCUGCUGCAGUCCAGAGGUGGAUACAGGGACCGGUCGAGGGACCGGGAGCGCCAGCAGCGCGUCAAGGAGCGGCCCGGAGUCUACCCUCCUGUGGAGUUUAAGGAGGACGACAAAACCUGCAUGAUGCUGUGGGCCAGACGCCUGACGGUGAGCAUUCUGCGGAACAACCAGUGGGAGGAGCACAACCUGACGCCAGCCACGUUUGGAGAGGGAGUUAGCCCCAAGCUACACGGCUCCGACUGCGACAAGAGCAAAUCCAGGUUGGUUCUGAACUAUGAAAACGUCCUCGGCCACCGCAGCUUCAAGCUGAUCUUCGUCAUGAGCCAGCGCCAUUACACGGUGUCGGCGCGCCGCUGGUUCACUCUGGACGCCGUGGAGCUGGAGUACGACGGCACCAAAGCCACGUUCAACGGCAGUAGGAAGAUCUACGCCCCGGCUGAGUACUCCUACCGCUGCUCGUCCGUCAGCAGCUUCCGCUGGCCGCUGCUCGUCCCGCGCUCCGCCAAAGACCCGGCCAACCAGUGGAGGGUCUCCUUCGACGACUUCCAGAUCCAGGGCUUCAGCUUGAGCGGCAGCGAGUUCUCGUACGCCAGCGACUGCGCAGGGUUUUUCUCGGCUGGGAUCUGGAUGGGCCUGCUGACCAGUCUGCUCAUGGUUCUGGUUCUGACCUACGGCCUGCACAUGAUCAUGCAGCUGCUCACCAUGGACCGCUUCGACGACCCCAAAGGCCCCGGCAUCUCCGUGCCCCAGACUGAGUGAACCCGUCCUCCCACCGCAACCAACCGGUCCUCCCACCGCAACCAACCGGUCCUCCCACCGCAACCAACCGGUCCUCCCACCGCAACCAACCGGUCCUCCCACCGCAACCAACCGGUCUUCCCACCGCAACCAACCGGUCCUCCCACCGCAACCAACCGGUCCUCCCACCGCAACCAACCGGUCCUCCCAUUCCAUCAUCACUGAAACCUUUAAUGUGAAUUCCAGCACCGACAGUCAAAGUUUAGGUGAUUGAAACAUCCAGAAAUAAUUACUAUUUAUUAAAUGGAGUAAAGAUGCUAUUUAUUAUUGUUACUGCUGUGAUUGUUGUGAAGUUCCAGUUUACAUUUGUUUUGUUGUAGAUAUGUGAGAUUAUUACUGGAAGCAUUAAAUUGGAUUAUGGAUUAUGUUCAUGAUAUUCCAUUGUUGUUGUAUUGUUGCUGUGACUCCAAUAAAACAUCCUAAAGGUGUCA